AUGAGCAGUGAAUAUUUGUUACCUCAUUACACGGCCCGCAGCUACCGUUCAAUGGGUGUGUUCAGUACCUCCAUGGGGGACCUGCAACGACAACUGUACAAAGAAGGAGAGUAUGAAAUUUUCAAGUAUGCACCGAUGUUUGAGAGCGACUUUAUCCAGAUCACCAAAAAAGGAGAGGUGAUUGAUGUGCACAACCGUGUUGGAAUGGUGACUGUGGGCAUCACAUCCACCAGCCCCGUUCUCCCACUACCUGACGUCUUGCUGCUGGCUCGACCUAAAGUCUGUGAAGAGAAUGCCAGAUGCGGCAGGUCUGCCAAGGUGGGAGGUCGCAGGACUGCCAAGACUCUUGAGCUCACCAGACUGCUUCCCUUGAAGUUCGUCAAGAUCUCCAUCCACAAUCAUGAGAGACAGCAGCUGCGCCUGAAGCUUGCCACUGGCCGCAGUGUUUAUCUGCAGCUGUGUCCCUCUUCAGAUGCACGAGAAGACCUCUUCUCAUACUGGGAAAAACUUGUCUAUCUCCUGAGACCACCAGUGGAGAGUUCAAGCUGUUCCCCGACACUUAAAACUGGGGACUCAACCACAAAGGAUGACAAAAGCAUAGGGGCCACAUCAUUCCAUGGAGAAGGAGAUCAGGACGAGCCCGGGCUUCACAAGCCUGGUGAGGUAUCUAGAGCUAUGUCUUCUGCUUAUGCUGGGGGAGAGGGAAUCCAACAUGCCUCCUACGGGAUGCCUACUACCGCUUCUGUAGCCAUGACCACUUCAAGGUCUGCCAGAGGAGCAGCAGUAGCAGGGACAACAGCAGGCUCUGCAGCAGGCCUGGCAGUAUCAGGGACAGCAAGCCCUGCAACAAACAAGUCCGCAGGCCCAGGCCAAGUAACCGCGGCCCUGGCAGGAAUAGCCACCCAGGAUCCAGGAGAUAGCAGAGCCAGCAAGGCCCUGGCAGGUGCUGCCAGCAUAUCUUCAGAGGGUGUGAAUGUGGUCUUGGUGGGUGCUGCAAGCCCCUCCCUGGCAGGUGCCUCCACCACAACAGUGGAGACCACCAGUCUCUCCCCAGAAAGCAGCUUCAGUGUGGUGUUUGCAGGUGCUGUGGCCACUGGCACACCUGUUGUAGAAAGAGCUGAAGGACGAGUGGUGGGACCCCUCGUAUCAACCUUGCAGAGCGAAGGCUACAUGUGUGAACGGGAUGGGAGCCAAAAGGUGUCCCAACCUGGUGCUGAGGGCCGAAAAGAAAAAAAGGAAAGAAAAGAAAAGGACAGAAAUACCACUAGGAAGAGUUCCCGUCACCGCAGGACAGAUGAGAGUCACCACAGGACAGACAGGGACAACACUCGGAAAUCGUCCUCCCACCUGUCCUUAUCCAGCCAUGGAAACACAAGAGAUGACAAAAAAGAAAAAGGCCAGAGCAAAGUGAAGAAGGGCAGAGGACACAGCUCAUCUCGCAAAAGCUCCAGCCACAGCUCCACUGCAAAGGGGUCAAAGACAACUCACAAAUUGGGGAAGAGCCAAUCUUCGCUUAGUUCAGGCUCCAGAAGUAAGAAAUCCAGUAAAAUCAGCUCUUUUUGGAGGAGCUUCAGAGCCACUCCUAGUUCCAAAACAGCGGUCAUACCACACGACAGAGAGGUAGACAUUGUGGCUAAGAUGGUGGAGAAACACAACAUAGAGACCAAGGUGGAGAAAUCUCAUGGUGGCCAGGAACUGGGGGUCACUGGCACCAUGACGUCCGAGAAGCUGGAGACGAUAAUCUUUGAAACCAAAUCCACUUAA